AUGCAGUUCACACCGCAACAACUUGUCGGUGCUGGGCGCUAUGCGCCUAUAACGCGCAUCGGUAACUGGAAUGAGGAUUUAAUGCUGGACGAGGCUCGGAUGAAGGAGUUUACGCUGCGCAAGGCACAAGGAUCAUUGCUGGCUACGCAUACACUUAAGGCGGCGUUCCUGAACCAGAAGGCACCUCGUUCCUUCGAUCCCGACGGUCGUAUCCGAUUCAAUCAAGCAUUGGCUCUCGGUCACCUCGAAUCAGAUGCGGUGCUGGCAUGCAACAUCUUCGAAGAGACCCCGUCGAUCGGCUCGGACGAGUAUCUCGUGACCGCCAUGUCUUCAAACACCCCAGUGUCUCGCAAUACUUUCCGUCUAGUGUCACCUCAGACGUGGAAAGCGGCAGUAGCUCGUAGUGGCUUAGACCUGAGCGCCCCAAGCGAUCCACUGCGCUACGAUGAUACGUUCCUCAUCGUGUGCAAUGAGGCUUUACUAGUGGAUGAUAAGAGCGUCUUACUAAAAUCGCCUCUUUUCCUGAAGUCCGGUUUAAAAACUGAACGAUCCAUGAGUCCUAUCACGUACAAGCAGCGCGUGUGGUUAAGUACUGAAGCGGAUAGUAGCGCUCUUUGGAUCUGUGCCAAGGCAGACUUGGCUGGAACGGAGAAAUUGCUGGUUGCUGGUCAACAAGUGAUGGCCGGGGAUCGCAUUGCCAUCGUACACAAGAUGACCGGACAGGCACUAUUUGCCAGUAGUGGCAGCAAGCAGCCCACUGACUUUGGCGUGGAGCUCGAGGUUUGCGCUCAUUCCGUUAGAGGAACCGGUAAACGCCACCAUCUGGCAGCUGAAACUGAGGGCAUACGCACUCCCGAUACUGAAGGGCUUCACAGUGUCGAUGUUAACACUUGGGCGUUCGUGCUUGCCCAGUCGACCCACGAAGCUCAAGAUGAUCGCUCGUUGCCUCAGUUUGCGAGUGGAGCGUCUGUAAUCGAUGUGCUUCGAAGCUGUUUUGCUUCUGAGAGCUUGUACACAUUCCGGACGUUCCUUGUUGCUCUUGGUCGAGCUGACACUAAGGGAGCGGGGCAUCUCAAGCAUGAAGAAGCCAAGUGGGUUAUCCGUCAGCUGCACAACUGUCUUCCUCUGCGCGACGAGCAUCUGGACCUGCUUUUCGACAGCUUUGAUAAAAGAAAGGCUGGUUUCUUCCCGCUAGCUGAGCUUAUCAAGGCGUUGCGAGUUCCCAUCUCUGAAAGUCGCCGAGCUCUUGUCGAUGCUGCUUACGACCGACUGGCACAACAAGCGCCUGAUGGGAAACUUACACUUGCAGCCCUUUGCGACGCCUACGAUCCCACCAUUGACGCGCGCGUUGGUGCGCAACAACUCUCAGAGAGCGAUGCAAAUGCAGAGUACAGGAACCUGUGGCCAAAUCAGGAUGCGAAUGCUGAAAUAUCGCGCCGCGAUUUUACCGAGGUGUACUCAGACAUCUCGAUGGUGGUGGCUAGCGACGAGCACUUCGGGAAACUUCUUGCUGAAAGCUGGAGAUAAAUUCCUCCUUCUUGAUCGAUGUCUACAUACCCAUUACGAGACUAACCGUGCAUACAGUUAAGCUAACUUACGCUUAAGAAUUGCAGUUGUCUUC